AUGUCCUCCUUCCGCCCCGCCGUCACACCCCCGUCGACCUCAGUCUAUCCGCAUCCCGUGCAUCCUGCCGCUGCACCGCCCACGGCUUUCCGCCCAAACCCGCCGCGGUCGUCGUCCCUCGCUGGCGCCGCCAGCUCCCAACGCACAGCGUCCCUCUUACCGCCCGCGAGAAUUGCGGGGGACCCGGCGGCUCCACACGCCGCCGCUCCGCUCGACACCGACCUGUUCAGCAACCCAAGACCGGCGCCCAAGAUCCCCGACUCGGCAAGAGAGGUCGACUCGAGACACAAGCGGGGCCAUUCGCGCUCGAGCAGUCUGGGCGGCUUGAGCGACACCCUACGAAACCUCAACCGCUGGUCGGCCUCCACGACAUCGAGCCGCGCCUCCAACGCAACUACCGGCUUCGCCCGGGGCUCACCACCCGCGGCCCCGGCACCCAUCCCUCCGUUGCAAAGUCUGCCCCGGAUUUCGGCUGGCCCCUCGCUGGAGCACGAGGUCCUCGAGUCUAAUGCGCUAAGAAGUUUCUCCCCGACGAAGUCGCCGCCCCAACAAGACGUUGAACCGUCGAGUAAGGAUAGCGGCGCGUUAUGGGAUGGACAGUCGCGAGCUCCCGAAGUCGAACAGGGUUUGUCAUCGCAUACGCCCGGCUACACCACCACCGCCGUCGACCAGAGACAACAUUCCGAGAUGAUUGCCCACGAGCCCACCAUGCACUACACGCAGAAUGGACAGGCCAUUGGUCACUCGCGCAGCAGGUCGCCGGGGGCGAAGGGCGGCGUUGACGCCACUUCGUCCUCCAGAAGCCGAGAGAAGGAACGCGACCGAGAUCGAGAGCGCGAGCGCGAGCGCGCUGGCAAGCCCCCGUCCCAGAAAGCGAUGUUGUCAAAAGCGCUCCAAGAGGCCAACACCGCAGUCCAACUGGACAAUGCGCAAAAUUUUGAAGGCGCCAGGAGAGCGUACUCCGAGGCAUGUAAACUGCUCCAGCAAGUCUUGCUCCGGACGCCCGGGGAGGAGGAUCGACGGAAACUGGAGGCUAUCGCAAGGUACAACAACGGCUCGUCCCUCCGGCCUCCGGCGGACAGCGCUUACAUGCCUCCGCCCCUGUCGCCCCGACGCCCGCCGUCUGCGGCUAGGGCAUCCCCGCCUCCGCCCGAGCAGGAGAGCCCUCGGAGAGCGGUUCGUCCCGCUGUUCCAGAGUCUAGUGGUCGGUUAUCCCGGCAGGGGGCUUCGGGACAUCUCCGCGCAAACAGUCACGAGUCUAUCUCGUGGCUUGACCCAAUCGACGAGUCAGAGCGGUCGAGCGUGACCUCGAUGCAUUCACGGUCAUCGUCUAGGAUCAGGAGGAAACACAUACGAACGGCGAGCGGGGCAACUGAGGCGGAAUUCGACGCCGCUCUGGACGACGCGAUCGAGGCCGCAUACGACGAUGGAUACGAGCCGGAAUCGCAAUAUGUCGGCCAUACCUACCAUGACGAGGGCGGAGACCCGCUUCAAGACACACUGCGACGGGUGGAGAGGGCGAGGGAGCUCGUGCGGGAAUCGGAGAGAGAGGCGCUUGAACUCGCAAACGAGAGAGAGAAACGGCUCCGGUUGCAACAACAGCUCGAGGACGAGGAGUACAGGAGGCAGGAAGCGAUAGGCGAGGACUUCUACGAUGAGAGUAAUGAUUCGGAGGAGGAGGAACGGCUGUUGGAGGAGAUGACAAAGGGCAACGUGAUCGAGGACUUCACCAUGGCGGGCAGGUCCCGGCCGCCCGUUCCGCGCGAGUCGGACUCGAGCGGGACGACGAGCCGCACUUGGCACAGCUCCACGGCUUCGAAUCCGCCCACGGCCACGACGGUUCUCACCCCGGUGAGCGAGGACCGCAUUCCUCCGCAGCCGUCAGUGCCGUUGCCGGCCCUCCCGGCACAGGCAGCACCCCAAACGUCCCCUCCACUGACUUCGGCGGGCUCCGGGCAAACCGUGCGCAGUCGCCGGCUUUCUGGCCAGAAUCCGAAGGAGCUCAAGAUCGAGACGACCAAGCUGGCUCCGGCGGCGCCGGCGGCUCCGGCAACAGCAGGUGGCACGACCCCGUCCCAGCCGAAACCGGGAAGCUACAUCGUGCAGCAGCGCCAGGCCCUCUCAGCGGGCGCUAAUCGUACGUUGGGUCCGUUCACAUCGCGGCCAGGGCCGUCGCCUAUUCCAGGGAUCCCCGGAGAGGAACCAGACAAAGGCCCCCUACCGCCGACGGCCUCCUCCCAAGAAGAGUACCCGCGCGUGGGCACGCCUUCGGUGGUGCGGCCCGGGCUGCGGAGCAACUACUCGUCGUCGAGCUUGAAGAGCAUGAAGUCGCGCAACUUGUCGAUUUCUCACCUGGACGAGACAGCAGCAGACACCUCGCCCGGGACGCCCUUGACCACGCAGUUCAGUGCGCGGCUGCCCGCCGUUCCGGCUUUGCCGCCGGGCAUUAAGGACCGCGCCAACAGCACCACCACGGGCGGGCUGCACCUUUUUGACAAUCACUUCCACUCGUUCGAAACGCCGGGGACGCCGAACCCGCUCAUGCCCGACGCGCCGGUGCCGCUCGAGCCCUGCCCCAACGAGAUGAUGCUGCGCCCGUUCUGGCUGAUGCGCUGCAUGUACCAGACGCUCUGCCACCCGCGCGGCGGCUACAUCAGCACCAAGCUGUUCGUGCCGCGCGACGCGUGGCGCGUCAAGGGCGUCAAGCUCAAGAACGUGGAGGACAAGAUCGCGAACUGCGACCUGCUGACGGCGGCGCUGCAGAAGCUGGGCCGCGUCGACACGUGCGACGCCGACGCCGUGCUCGAGGAGAUGCAGUCGCUCGAGGGCGUGCUGGAGCAGGUGCAGGCGACGCUGGCGCGCAAGCUCGGCAGCGAGGUCGGCGUGCAGGGCGCCAGCGCCAUGCUCAAGGACGCGAGCGCCGCCGAGGCCGACGCCGCCGCCAUGCCGCGCUCGGCCAGCGUCGCCGGCAAGGCCAGCAGCUUCUCCUGGCGCCGGCUGCGCAGCAAGAACAGCUCGGCAAACCUGCCCGGCCUGGCCUCGGCGUACGGCGGCAAGGGCGGCAGCGGCGGCGGCGGCGGCGCAGCCAGCACGACGAACCUCAGCGAUGGCUCCGGCGGCAAGGACGCCUCCCCGGCGCUGGCCAGCCUGCCCAUGACGGACCACCCGACCAGCCGGCCGCCGAAGCGGGACGUGGCCAGCGUGCAGUUCACCGGGCCCAACGCGAACUACAUGGCCUCGCUGGCGAGAUUGUUCGAUGCCGCGCAGACGGUUGACCAGAUCGCGCGGCAGGUGGAGGACCCGGGCCUGCGGCACGCCGACAAGACGCAGGUCGGGCUCGAGCUGUGCGCGCGGCACGCGGCCGAGUUCUUCGCCUUCUACGUGUGCCGGUUCGCGCUGGCCGACAUGAUGCUGCUGCUGGACAAGUUCCUCAAGCGCGGCAGCGAGUGGGUGCUCGCGUAA